CUAAUAAAAGAAUUAGAAUCAAAAUAUCUAAUUUACAUAAUUAAAUCCUCCCUUAUUUCCAUGUUUUUUUUGGUUUAGUUUUAAAGCUAAAUUUUAAUUUGUGAAUUUCUUGUUUCUUUUACCUUCCUAAACUUUUACAGCUUCAUUUUGCUUUCAGGCUCUGAAAUUUUGAAUAAAUUGAACAAUUUCACGUGUUUGGAGAUCGCAUUGGCGGAGUAGUUUGAUUUUUUACAUCGAAACGGGGUUAAAAUGUUAUAAGGAGCACAAUUUGCAAUUGAAUUUGAGAAUUAAAAUACAAUUGCAAAAAUCGUUGGUGUUUUUGUUGAGAGAAGCGGGAGAUCAGAUUCAAAUGUGAUCUGAUUCUUGCUGAUGUUAAGAGAAAAGGGUUUUGGAUCCGAUUAGGGAGAAACAGCGCCAUUAGAUGGCGCUGUUCAAACGUAUUUUUUACCGGAAACCGCAGGAGCGACUUCUCGAGAUUACUGAACGUGUUUACGUAUUUGACUGUUGCUUCUCGACGGAUGUGUUUGACGAAGAUGAGUACAAGUUGUAUCUGUGUAGGAUUGUGGCACAGCUACAUCAGAACUUCCCUGAAUCUUCUUUCAUGGUGGUUAAUUUCAAAGAAGGAGAUAAGCCAAGCCCAAUAUUGGACAUUUUAUCUCAGUAUGAGAUGACUGUUAUGGAUUACCCACGGCAAUACGAAGGAUGUCCGUUGUUGACACUUGAAAUGAUACAUUACUUCCUUCGAUCAAGUGAAAGCUGGCUGUCAUGUCAAGGACAACAAAAUGUGCUUUUGAUGCACUGUGAAAGAGGAGGAUGGCCAAUUCUUGCUUUCAUGCUUGCCAGUCUUUUGCUAUAUCGAAAACAGUACAAUGAUGAGCAGAAGACUCUUGAAAUGGUCUACAAGCAAGCUCCCAAGGCUCUUCUUCAGCUUCUGUCUCCUUUGAACCCUCAGCCUUCCCAGUUGAGAUAUCUCCAGUAUAUUACUAGAACAAACCGGGGUUCUAAUUGGCGUUCGUCAGACACAGAUCUAUAUUUGGAUUGCCUGAUCAUUAGAGUUCUUCCAACUUUUGAAGGGGGAAAAGGGUGCAGACCAAUUGUACGAGUUUACGGACAGAACUCGGAAAAACGGACUAAUAGAAAUUCCAAGCUUCUUUAUUCAAAUUCAAUGAAAAAAAAUCAAGUUCGUCACUUCCGAAAGGAAGAAUGUGCACUGGUGAAACUAGAUAUUCAUAGCUUCAUUCAAGGGGACGUUGUGCUUGAGUGCAUUCAUUUGAAUGAAGACUUGGUAGGUGAAGAAAUGAUAUUUAGAGUCAUGUUUCACACAGCGUUUGUUCAAGGAAGUAUUUUGAUGUUUAACAGCAAUGAAAUUGAUACAUUGUGGGAUGCCAAGUAUCAAUUUCCAAAGGAUUUCAGAGUUGAGGUACUUUUUACGGACCUUAAUGACUUUAGUGAGGUAGAAAGUGUUUCAAAGGAGGAAUAUUUUGAGGUGCAAGAGAUCUUCAGCACAGUCGAUGCAACGGAAGGAAAGGUGGAUGAUGAGAGUCCAAUAGUCCAUGGCUACAAGCCAGCACAGAAAGAUAUAUUGAGGGAGGAUGUGCUUGGAAAAUCAGAAGUGACGUCAGGUGAGGGUUAUAGAGAAGACUCCAUUUCCUUGAAGAAUUCAGAAUCAAAGGUGUUGGGGAAAAUGUUGGAAACUGGCGUUCUCAAACCUAACUUUGAGGAGGUAUUGCCAACUUUAGAGAAAAUGCCUGGGACGGGCUCUGAAUCAGCUCCAAGUUCUGUUAUGGUGAAGCUAAAUAGCGAGCAACUAGAAUCUCUGGAUUUUCUUAGAAGACAAUCUCAGCCAAGUGAUGUAUCUCAGCCAAGUGAUGUAUCUCAGCCAAGUGAUCAACCAGUUUCUAUCCCACCAAGCACACUACCUCCACCAUCAUCCUCACCCUCACCACCUCCUCCUCCUCCUCGACCUCGACCUCCACCUACACCUCCACCCAAAUUUUCUUUAUUGGUUUCAGAGUCUGUUAAGAAAAAUGCAAAAUCUUUACUACCCCCGCCACAUCCUUUCAUGGCAGCUGUUGGAAAUGCUUUUUCUAAAAUGGCUCUCGCAGCACCACCUCCCCCUCAACCCAAUGGAGCAGAAUAUGUACAAAAUGUUGGAAUGGUUUCACAAACGGCUUCAACAUCUUCUCAUUUAUUGAAUAACCAGGCUACUGCGCUAGUGUUUCCUCCACCACCUCCACCACCAUGGAAGGUUGGGUCUUCUUCAGCUACCGAGACCGUAUCACAUAGUCCGCCUUCUCUUUCAACCUCAACCAAUGCUAGAUCUUCAAAAGGCACGCCAAAACUUAGUGAUAUUCGUCCUCCCCCACGUUCCAUAUCAAAACCUUGCAAUUUUAGUCAUCCACCUCCGUCCCCAUCAAAAGAACGUCAUUUCCGUCCUCCCCCUCCCACCACACCAAUUCAAAUUGCUAUGGCUCUAGCAUUUGUCCAUGGACUGCGAUCAGCUUCCCAUUCUUCCCCAAGCCCCCCAUCUCUACCUUCUCCUACUCCACCUUCAGUUCUUUCUCCUCCUCCACAGACACCCUCUCCUCCAUUGCACGAAAUAACAGCUCCACCUACAUCAUGUGGAACAUCACCCCCGCCACCUCCACCUACUCUUGCAGAAUCACCACAUGGAGCUUCGCCGUCACUACCGCCCUCUACUGGACAUGGGGCUUCAUCAUCCACACCACUCCCAAACCCAUCUCCACCACCACCUCCAACGUCCAAUGCUCCUCCACCCCCUCCUCCACCUCCAACAUCCGAUGCUCCUCCACCCCCUCCUCCACCUCCAACGUCCAAUGCUCCUCCACCCCCUCCUCCACCUCUAACGUCCGAUGUUCCUCCACCCCCUCCUCCACCUCCAACGUCCGAUGCUCCUCCUCCACCCCCACCCCCACCUCCACCUCCAACGUCCAAUGCUCCUCCUCAAUCCCCUCCUCCACUGCAUGGAGUGCCACCUCCACCGCCUCCCUCAUCUGGAGCACCACCUCCACCACCACCUGCUGGUGGUGGAGCUCCUGGAGCACAACCUCCCCCACCACCUGCUGGUGGUGGAGCUCCUGGAGCAUCACCUCCACCACCACCUCCUGGUGGUCGAGCUCCUGGUCCUCCACCUCCACCUGGAGCUCCUGGCCCUCCACCUCCACCAGCUGGAGCUCGUGGCGCUGGACCUCCCCCACCUCCACUAGGUGCCAAAGGAGCUGACAUGAAAGGAAGAGGGCGUGGACGUGCAGCACCACGAAAAUCUAAUUUAAAGCCUUUACACUGGGUCAAGGUUACAAGGGCGAUACAAGGGAGCUUAUGGGAUGAAUUGCAAAAACAUGGAGAGCCUCAACAACUUGCCUCAGAAUUUGAUAUAUCGGAGCUUGAGACUCUUUUCUCUGCAGUUGUUCCUAAACCUGCUAAAUCUGCAGCGCAAGCCAAGCCAGCUAGUACAAAAUCUGAAGUAAUCCACCUGGUUGACAUUAAGAGGGCUAAUAACACUGAAAUAAUGCUCACUAAAGUUAAGAUGCCUCUUCCUGAUAUGAUGGCUGCAGUGCUAGCAUUGGAUGAUACAGCAUUAGAUGCUGAUCAAGUGGAAAAUCUCAUAAAAUUUUGUCCGACUAAAGAUGAAAUGGAACUGAUCAAGAAGUACACCGGUGACAAGGAGGCUCUAGGGAAAUGUGAACAGUUCUUUAUGGAGCUAAUGAAAGUGCCACGAGUAGAGGCAAAAUUAAACGUGUUCCUUUUCAAGAUUCAGUUCAACACUCAGAUUGUUGAAUUUAGAAAGAGCUUAAACAUUGUAAAUUCUGCAUGUGAUGAGAUUCGAAAUUCCCAAAAAUUCAAGGAGAUCAUGAAGAAAAUUCUGUAUCUGGGAAAUGCACUGAACCAAGGAACUGCAAGGGGUUCUGCAGUUGGAUUUAAGUUGGAUAGUCUUCUAAAGCUCUCAGAUACACGUGCUUCUACUAGCAGGAUGACAUUAAUGCAUUACCUCUGCAAGGUCCUAGCUAACAAGACACCAGAACUUCUUCAGUUUCACCUGGAGUUUGUUAACCUUGAGGCUUCAACUAAGAUACAAUUAAAAUCUUUAGCAGAAGAAAUGCAAGCUAUAACUAAGGGAUUAGAUAAGGUUAAGCAGGAGCUGGCUGCCUCAGAAAGUGAUGGUCCCGUAUCUGAAGUUUUCCGGAAGACAUUAAAGGAAUUUACUUCUGCAGCCGAAACAGAGGGAGCAUCCCUGCAAACUCUAUAUACUGUGGUGGGUAGAAAUGCAGAUGGACUUGUACACUAUUUUGGUGAGGAUCCUGCUCGAUGCCCGUUUGAGCAAGUUACCGCAACAAUCUUAAAAUUUGUGAAGUUGUUUCAAAAAUCACAUGAAGAUAAUUUGAAGCAGGAGGAAAUGGAUAAGAAAAAAGCUUUGAAGGAUGCUGAACAGGAGAAGGCCAAGUGAAUUGACCAUUUACAAAGAAGAUUGCACAAUAUAUGAGGAUCAGUUUCUCUAUUCCCACAAGGUAAUACGCUCCUGCAGAGUUCAUUAUACUCGUAGACAGAAGACCUGUACUUGCAAGAUAUUCAGGAAAUACUGCUUUUGAGGAACUCAAAUCGUUCUUUGAGCUGCAACAUUUAUCUCAAUGGCAGGAUGUGCCUCACCCUCUGUAUUGGUGCGUUUUCAAGCCUUCAGAGAUGUUGCAUACAGGGCAAGGGCCUUAUCCCGUAGGCUUUUGCAGGACUUGAACUAUGCAUAAUCCUUCAGGACAUGCCUCCCAUUACUCGGUAAAUGUCAGAUGGGCCAAGCUUCUAUGCAGAAUGGUUACGAUCAGGGAUUCAAACAGCUAACGCACUCCAAUGUUACUGUUGUUAUUUCGUUGAUUCAGCUCUUUCUGCUGUCGAAGUUCAUCACGAUUAACUGCCAUAUUAUUCGUUACAUCUGCAAUCACAUAAAUGCA